AUGAGUCUUCUGAAUCCACUUGUUGCUGCAACUCUGAACGACAUCCACUACCUGCUUAAGGUAAAUUUCAACCGCCACCGCCCCCUCCCCCCCCUUUCCCACUUGUUUCCCGUUUAUUGCGUCUUCCUGCGCUUAGACCAGGCCCAUAUUUCGCAACGUAUUGUUAUCCAAGUUUUUACAUUGCGGAUUUUCCAGUGGCGGGGUGGUCCUACCUCUGUUGUUAUAGAACAACACACGAAGCGCUUGUCUGUUCGGUACUUCAAAACACUUUAAUGGCUGGAGAUCCAUGCCCUCCUGUUCCAAACGGCUCCACUUGUGUGCUUGUGCGUGUGUGGGUGUAUGGUCCAUAAGACGUACUCGAAGAACGUGAUAUAGGCUGAACGUAACUAAUUCUGCUCAACCCUGCGUUCCUCGUGAAGCAUGCUUAGUCGUUUAGACAGAUGGCCGCUCCUCGUCAACAGUAGUAUAUCCGUAUUAAGUUACUUCCACUGGGGGAUCUACGCCAUUUAUGUUCCAUAUCUACAUACCCUUUCAGUGUAUUCGAGUUCUCUUGAAGUGGGGAUUUACUGCAUACGGUCUUUUUAUUAUAUAAAGAAGCCAACAGAUGUAGAUCGAAAAAAGCGCCGACCGUUGCAAUGACCACCAUAGUUGCCUGCCAACGAUGCAAAAAUAGCUAACUUCAGAAAUCGUCUAUGCACCAUCUGCUGUAGGGUGUAAUCAAACACCUUGAUUCUAUUGCAAUGAAAAAAGGUUUGUAAUGUCUCAUCUGCACAAUUUCGUCAAUCUAUAACUAUCGGCAGGGUCAUCUUAAAACCUUAGCUGCAUGUUAUCCAACACAUUGCGAAAUUAGACAACUAGUUAGAGCGCUAAUUAGGUCAAGACGGAUAGCCUGACAUGUGUCUGACGUCUUACCGUCAAAAUAAGUGAGUUUGCCUUCCGAUAAGGUUAUGAGCACUGGAAUGACCAUUUGCCGUUAUCAGCCGGUGAUACCGUGAUUUGAAUUCGGUUCCGCACGACACUGCCGAUCUCCCACUGCUGGAUGACCAGCUGACUCCGGGGGUUCGAGUUUCGGGUGAGUGCGCUAUCCUGGAUUCUGAUACCACGCUAGGUGAGCCAGACAACGAAAGCGACAGAUCUUGUCUUCCGACAAGUUUUGAGGAAAUCGGUAGUUGUAGGCUUAAUUUCUUCCACAGUUUUUUCGUGUCGGGGCGUUGUUUUUCAGAAUGUUGCUUGCCUUGAUUAUGUUUGUACACAUGCCUGCUAGAAGACCUGGCACGGUAAUCCACUGCUCCUAGCAAUUGAACAUCGUACGAAAUAGAGACCCAGCGCCCAGAAGUUUUCCCAAAAAAUGUCCACUGACGCAGUUGUAUGGACUUAGCAAGACCUGUACCAGUUUAUGAUACAUGGUCUUGCAGCUACUCGGGGGACAUUGGUGUACUGCCAAUAUUUGCUAGAUUUCCACUGCGAUACGCCAAAAGCAGGCAAUAAUUGUAACUUCAUGCUCAUUUUACAACGUGGGAGCGAAAUUUCAAACAACCAGGCAACCAUGUGAAACGUUUUGAGCGUGAGUAAUCUGGAAGUGUGUAUGGAUUUCCCAGCUGACCACUUCGGUCGUAUGAGGAGCUUGGCCCCCAGCCAUGGGAGGGGGACCAGCCGUGUCGUGGUACGCGUAUACGGAGUAGACCAAGACCAGCGUGCCUCACCCCCAGACGGCAUGUAGCGGGCAGCCAUCAUAACCGGUCUGGCGUCAUAAGACCUCGCUGUCUCAAGGUCAUUCAUCCCUUGCGGCGAGCCGUUCCAGACGCGCUGACCUGAAGCCACUCGACCGACUUCAGAUCGAACACAAUUGCGUCCUCACAGUGUCGCGGCUACCCAUGCGCCACCCCCUGCAACCAACAAAACAGGCCAUUGAGACACCACCCCUCGGUAAAUGCAACACACACUGACUGGCCACCACUUGAGCUUGGGGCCCACCAGCCCUCAAAAGCGGCCGCCACCACUGUCCCAAGGACUCUCAGACGUGACUGGACGCAGUCAACAUCAGCCCUGGCUUCGCCAGUGGCCACUGCCGCCUGAGAGGACAACUCCGGGUUCUGUGCACAGUAAACCCCUCAUUCUGGUGCCCUCCGUCUUCUCCUUCCAAUCUGGGAUUUGACUUGAAAAUUAUAGCUCACAGACUACACACGUUCUCACAGCUAUGCCGCUACAGGCACGAUAGUCUUGCCAUCAAAUCACAAUAUAGUUAGAAAGUGAAGCGUGGGGAGGGAUCGAGGUCAAUAAUACGCACAUCUUCCUGGUUAGACUUAAAUAUAACCACCCUUUUGUGAUCAACCGCCAAUUGUGCUGUAUUUCAUGAAUCUGGCAACCCCAACACCACCCUGACAUGAUUGCUUGAUGUUGUUCAUAAUGCCUGCUAGGACGGUCUCAUCAGAACUGACCUCCGAAAUGUCGUCCCAUAUCAACGGACACAUCAAAACUGUGCGCUUUCUAUUAAGCUGCACGUAUAACCACAAGACCUUGUGGCGUACGCCCACCAAGCAAACAAGAAAGGUGGACAUACUUUCGAACGUAUCGUUUUCGGAGUUGAUAGCUAAACCUCGGCAGCAUUAUUGUGUUCCUAGGAAAUAAAUACGGCGUACAUACGGUCGAUAACCACAUGUAAACCUCUACCAAACGAAAGUACGCAGCUAUCAUAUAGCCAUGGCGUGGGGUGGUGGCAGCAGUGGUAGUGGUGGUGGUGGUGGUGGUGGUAGUAGUAGUAGUAGUAGUAGUAGUAGUAGUAGUAGUAGUUAUAUUUUGGUCUGGCUGCCUUCCCCACUAAAAUCAAACUCGCACAGGCCAGCACGGUCCCAAGGUUUUAAUGAUUCCCGGAGUACCACGAACGAGCCACUUCUUUUAACGAUUCCUGGGACGGACCAUAGACUUUUACUGUCGUGGUUAAAGUUCUACUGACUAACCCUCUUGAUUCCGAAAUCUAUGUGACUGUUUUCCCGCCUUUCACCUGUCCACAGGCACACGUACCAUCGAAGGAGCGUUUUCGCAAACUCGAUAGGUCCAUCCUACGAAUGCUGAUCAAGGUUGGUGUGGUGGCCCAGGAAUAUGAGGCCUCUGUGAUAGAAAUGACAGCGGUGUGUCAAAUUGAAAAGCUGACCAAACAGUUCGUCCUCCUGUUUCUUGCCUUCUCGCGUUGCGAGAAAUCUCUCGACGUCGACGCCCUCAUCGAUAUCCUCCAAGAACUGCGACAAGCACUGCUGUUCCUUACUGAACGUGUCUUCAGCGAGAAGUCGGUAAAACGCGUCAACUUCAUAUUUGAGGAGCUGUCCUCUCGCGACCUCUGGAAUUCCGUAUUCAGUCCCGACGCGACGGCCGAACAGCGUCAGCUCUUGUUAAACCUAACCAAUUCUUUCGAUCGCGUUUUGGCCAAUAACCUCCUGUGA